ACCGACCGUUUCUCAUAUAAAACCCCCAUAUCUCCCUCACCAACAUACAUAUAUACCUUUAUAACACCCAAACAAAGAUAUCAACAAGUCACAACACAGGAACAAUGAAGUUAGUUUGGUCUCCGGAGACAGCCUCUAAAGCUUAUAUCGACACUGUUAAUUCUUGCAAGAUAUUUCAAGAUUCGAGCGUAGCGGAGCUCAUCUCGGCGAUGGCUGCCGGAUGGAACGCAAAACUAACGGUGGAGACAUGGUCCCGAGGCGGCGCAAUAGCAACUAGCAUUGGUUUAGCCAUCGCAAGCCACCACACAAACGGGAGACACGUUUGUAUCGUCCCAGACAAUCUCUCAAGAACCGAGUAUCUCAAAGCCAUGAAAAUCUCCGGCUUAGCCCCGGAAAUCAUCGUGGGAGACCCCGAAGAAGCGUUUCAAACACUGCAAGGCAUUGAUUUCUUGGUAAUAAAUUGUGAAAUAGACAAUCCGUCGAGAAUACUCAAGGUGGUCAAGUUAGGCCACAGGGGUGCAGUGUUGGUCUCGAAGAAUGUGACGAGUACGAUGAGAUCGCCGUCGUCGGAGUUCAGGUGGCGUGGGGUGGUGGAAGGAGGUUCGCGGCUGGUCCGGUCGGUGAUCUUGCCGGUGGGGGAGGGGCUGGAUAUAGCGCAUGUUGGGGCGGUGAGAAGCUCCGGGAAUAAAGUUGAAAGCAGGUGGAUUAGACGGUUUGAUAGACAAUCUGGUGAGGAGUUUGUAUUUAGGAAAUAAAUUCUCGAAACUUGUCAACCUUUUUUUUUGUCAGCUCGUGUAAAUUGGUAGUAAUGGAUUUGUUUUUUUUUUUCU